AUGUCAAGAUUGAAGGCAAGUUCCAUACAGCGAUUCAUGAUAGAAGACUCCCAUCGACUAACAGUUUCGACAGAAAUCGAUAUCGACUCUCACGAUGCACCCCGUCUCGCAAGCAUGCCAUGUCUGGCUACUCCAUCUCGCGAGUGUUCCUCGAUACAGCUACCGAGUUUGGAGGCACUUGAUAGAGGGGUCAAGGCUACUGCACGAUUGUAUGGGCUCAAGAAAGAAAAUCCUCUCGAUAUCUUACUUCCAAGUCCCUCUCAGUUAAUUGCCUACGCAAAUCGAAAGCCUCCUCCUACACCUCGCUUGUUGUGGUCUUGCUGGACUCCACCAGUUGAUGACUCGAUUACUGAACAGAGUCCUCCACAGCAGAGGGGAGUGACUGGCCUCGGAAUUCUCCCCUUGGGUUUCGGUGAUUCUCGACAGAUUAUUCAUGAGAAUCCUCCAUGCGACGUGGCAGACAAGAAUCUCACAUCCCGUCUCACCCCAACCACUAUCAGUUCCCGGAAUAGCCUAUCGCCUGAUGUGAACUCGAGGUAUCGCAGUAAUCAGAAGUAUACAACAGAAGAGGGGGACUUCAUCAUCUAUGCCAGGCAUGACAGGAAUAUGAAAUGGUCAUGCAUCGUGGAAGAGUUUGCUACCCUGUUCGGUCACACUCCUCGACGCACGAUCCAGGGCCUUCAAGCUUGGCACUACCGAAUGAAUAAUCAGAUACCAGUCUGGGAUGCCGACGGAUGGUUAUGCUUUGACCAUGACGACGAUGAUGAGCCUCGACAAAUCAGCAUCAAGUCUCGCGAACGACAUAUGUACCUAGGACCCGGGGAGUCGUUAGGCAUUGCACAGCGAUAUCCUGAGCGGGCUGUACAUUACGCAUGGGUUGAUCCCAAGACUAAGAUGAUGGCAAAGGACUGGGCUGCCAAACGAACUCUUCAAUAUGAUAUCAGACGCCGACGACAGAGAAAGCAGUUGAAACGACUGCUUGCUAAGCGCGAUUUCAACUGA